AUGAAGAGUAAGUUUAAUAGGAACUUCUCAGAGGUGACUGAGUUUAUUUUGCUGGGAUUUAGAACCCCUCCAAAGCUACAGAUCCUCCUGUUUCUAGCAUUCCUGCUGGUCUAUGUGGUCACUCUGGUGGGAAAUAUCAGCAUGAUAGUUGUCAUUAAGAUGAUCUCCAGACUUCACAUGCCUAUGUAUUUCUUCCUUAGAAACUUGUCCUAUUUAGAUCUCUGCUACUCCACAGUCAUUGCUCCCAAAACUUUAGCUAACUUCUUGUCUAAUGAAAAGAAAAUUUCUUACAAAGGCUGUGCAGUCCAAUUUUUCUUCUUUGCUCUGUUUGUCACCACUGAGGGCUUUCUUCUGGCUGUAAUGGCAUUUGAUAGAUUCUCAGCCAUUUGCUUCCCGCUCCUGUAUCCUGUGCAUAUGUCCCAAAAACUCUGUGUUCAAUUGGUAACUGGCUCCUAUAUCUGUGGCUGCAUUAAUGCUGUAGUCCAAACAAGUUUCACCUUUAGUUUGCGUUUCUGUGGAGAAAAGAGAUUGGACCACUUUUUCUGUGGUGUCCCAGCCCUGAUCAAGAUCUCCUGUGCGGACACCUUUGUGAACGAGGUUGUACUGUUUAUUCUUUCUGCUGUCAUCAUCAUCACCACCACAACUGUCAUUCUGGUUUCCUAUGCAUAUAUCCUCUUUACUGUACUAAAGAUCCCCUCAACUCAUGGCAGGAGUAGGACUUUCUCCACCUGUGGCUCCCAUAUAGCAGUGGUUAGCUUAUUCUACGGGGCUGUGUUCUUCAUGUAUGCCCAACCUGGAGCCAUCUCCUCACCAGAGAAGAACAAGGUUGUAGCUGUGCUCUACACCCUUAUAAUACCAAUGUUAAAUCCUCUAAUAUACAGUCUGAGAAAUAGAGAUGUGAAAGAUGCUGUGAAAAGAAUAUUACACAGUAAAUGA